CUGCAUUAUUUUUGCGAAGUUCUCUCCCUUUCUUUGCAUGUUUUGAUAGGAGGCGCUACGUGUGAAGUAAAUUACAAACACACCCAAUUACGCUGAUCGUAAGCUUUGGAAUUUACUUUAUUAGGAAACAUUUGAUAUAUUAGAGUGUUCAGACAGAUACAAUAAAAAUGGGAUUCUGUGGCGGAUGUGCGAAAGCAUUGCUCAUUAUUUUCAACUUUAUAUUUUGGCUGUCAGGGGCUGCCAUCCUUGGUGUGGGAGUAUGGAUGAUUGUGGAUAAAAACAUCGGCAGUUACUUUGAUGUCCUCAAUAUGGACUCUCAUGAUCAGUUCUUUAAAUAUGCAGCCUAUAUCCUGAUAGCAUUUGGCGUGUUUGUUUUCCUUGUUGGCUUCUGUGGUUGCUGUGGUGCAAUCAGGGGAAGUAAAUGUCUCCUUGGACUGUAUGUUUUCUUCUUGUUCAUCGUUUUUGCUGGAGAAUUAUGCGCCGGAGUCUUGAUGAUUGUCUACAAAGUAGAGAUUGAGGAUAAGUUGGACACUACAUUGACAAAUUCUAUCAAAGAAAAGUAUGGUACAGAUAGUGAGACAACUCUCACAGGCUCAUGGGACGUCGUUCAAAUCCAGUUGGAAUGUUGCGGUGGAGUGGGACCUGAAGACUAUGAUGGAAGCAAAUAUGUUGGUGCCAAAACUAGGAAUCUGCCACCAUCUUGCUGUGUCCUAAGUAACAUGAAAGAAGCUGAAGAAGAUCCUACCAAAGCUAUGCCGAAAAAUGACACCAAUUGUAAAGAUAAGAUGGAAGGAUACUACCAUAAUAAGGGCUGUAAGGAUGGACUUCUGGACUGGGCUAAGAGUCACACAGCUAUUCUAAUAGGUGUUGGAAUCGGUGUAGCCUGCUUACAGAUUUUCGGAAUAGUGUUUGCUUUGUGCCUGUGUCGUCAAGUUGACAGAGAGGAGAAAUAUUAGAUCACCCAGUUAUCGCUGACAUUUUACACACUUUUUUCCUAUUUGACUCUUAUAUUAACUGUGGAAAUUUGUUAUGACUCUUAUUAACUGUGUCAAUUUGUUUUACCAUCUUUCAGUAACAAAAUUAAGGUUUUUAAGGAUACAUUUCGUCCCCUUAGGGCAGUAGCUAGUUAAGACCCUCAAAAUUUAAUUGGAGUUUAACCAGUUAUUGCACUUAGGUGACUAUUUAUUUGUAGUUAUUCCCUUCUUUAUGUGAUAUGAGUUAUUUACUUUGUUUAGCUGAAGCACAUAAUUGUCACCUUAAUUUAUCAGUUGGAAUGUUAUCUCAAAGGAAGGUUACACAGAGAAGGAAGAGAAAUAUUUGAGAAGUUAUGGUUUUAAAGGAACAUUAAUGUUUUGUUUGCUUCCUUGUUAACACAUGAUUUAAUACCAGUGAGUCAGUGUGAGAUAAGAUAUAUAUUUAGAGAAGUGAAAAAUAAUUAUCUGAUUUUUUUAAAUGGGAAGGGUUUGUGUUAUGUUUAGGAAGGGAGAGAACUCUAUGAAGGUUGUAUGUAUAUCAUUAAUGCCCUUGUCUGUUGAAUUUCUUUUACCUCAUAUACUUACAUUGUCAAAUAAUGUUUUUAACUUUUAUCUAGCAUUCUGUAACAUAGUUUUGUGUAUUCUAGUAUGAUAUACUGGGCAUUUGGUGUAAUCAGUGUUUGCUGACAUUAUAUAUUUAUAUAUAUAUAUAUUUGUUUAUAUAUAUAUAUUGUAUAAGCUGUGAUGUCGUAAUAGUUUGUUGUUUAAACUUUAAUUAUGAAUUUGAUCAUCUUUUACCAUUAAAAACUGAAUAAUUCUGCAUUUUUGUCGCAGAAACAAAAGCUAUCUCUUUAAUAUUAUAUAUUCUAAAAAUUUUAUGUCAAUUUUGAUAUUAAGUAUAAAUAGAACAAAGUAGUACUUAUUUUUACAUUAAUAGAGAUCUGGAUAUUUGACAUGUCAUAAAAUUUAUAACCCACAGCUGGUGUUCAUUUUAAAGCUGCACACCUCCAGAUGAGCUGAAAUAUUUCAAGAAAUUCAGUCAAAAGAAAAAUAUACUAAGAUCUUAGGAAUAGGAAAAAGAUUCAAUAUGUAAUUAUUUACAUAUUAUGUGCAAUUAAUGACUGAUUUUGAAGUAUCAAUUAUUAUAAUUCUACUGCGUUACUAACAUAGUAAGAGGUAUUUAUGUAUAUUUAAUUUUGGUCACCUCUUGUGGUAAUGUACGUGGAUUGAAAGUGCCGUUUGCAAUGUGUAAAUUACUUUCUUUGUUCACUUCACAGUAGUUUACUUUUAAAUAUAUUUUCUAAAAUUUCAUGAAAAUUAGCAUGCAUCCGGAGGCAUGCUGCUUCAAGAGAAUUGAAAUUCAAAAUGGUAUAUGAUCUAGUCAUCUAAGUAAAGUAUUGUAUGAUUACAUAGUAUAUAGAUCGAGAUUGCACUGUAGCCUAAAGUAAAAUAUUGUUUGUUUACUGCUUCUGAAUGAGUGACAAAAAAUCUUGCCGGGAAAUUAUUUUUUGCGGACACAAAUUUUAUUCGUUUCUUGUGUUUCCAUGCCAAAUUUGUUUUUUAAGACUCAGCCUUUUUAACAAAAGAAUAUAAAAUAAAAUAUUGAAUUACAAAUAUGAAUGAAGACACAUAAGUGUAUUGAAAUAUAAUGCUGUUUUGAAAUGUACAUACUGUUUUUGCAUUUUGAUCUGUUUUAAAUUUUAAAUAUGUAUAUGUAAACAAUGUCUAAAUAAAAGUUUUUGAGAAAUAAAAAAUGAUAGCAAAUCUGAAGCAUAAAGAGCUUUUUAAAGACAAACAAAUGACUACAGACUCAAUUGAAAAAAAGUCUAGGUUUAAAGUGUCAAGAAAAUGUUUCACAGGUGGCUUGAUUUCUUUCUUUUAUUAAAUUUUUACAUCACAACAUUCUUUGAUUUUUAAGAUUUUUAUAGAACAAAUGUAACUUAGAAAUGUAAAGUUUAUAUUUUGUCUUAGUCAAAGAGCAUGACAUGAAUCCACUGUAUUUACAUACCUUGAUACCUGUUAAAACUUUUCAUUGCAACUGGGAUAUGAUAUAAUGGGAUAAACAACUGGAGAUUAGCGCCAAAAUAACAUUUUGUGGAAGCAGACAAACAUGCUGCCACCUUGUCAUGCUGAUCGUUUUUAAAGGUUUAUCUCUUUUGGCUGUGGAAACUGAGCAUAUUUUUUUUUUUUCGUCUAUAUUGUCUAAUCAUAGUGUUAUAAAAAUUUAUGAAAGCAAUUAUAUGUUUUAAACAACUUGCUAAUCAAUUAACAGCUGUCAGUUGGAGAAUAAGACCACUUAUCCAGUCAGUUUUUGCUUGUCCUGGUAUAGUAUGUUCCAGUUUGUAACAAUACAUGUAAAAAUUGUAACUAAAAGAUGAAAAAGUUACACAGGUAGUCAAAGAUUGUGUAUACUCAAGAAAUAAUGUCGAAAUAAUGAUAUCGUGUAAGAUCAACACAAUGUUGGUGUAGGAACUUAUAUUUUUUUUUUUUGAACAACUUUCAAGUGUUGAGCGAUACUCAGAUCUUUGCCCAUAGCUUCUGCCGGAUGGUCAACUUAGAUACAUAAAGGAAAAUAACAUUAUUUGAUUUUAGAAAUGAUUAGGGUAAGACUGAUGAAUUGAUCUCUCUGUGUUCUUUACUGUUAACAUAUUUAUAACUGUUGAUGUAAUAUAUUUAUGACUGUUGAUUACUGAUUAUUAACAUGUUUUGUUCAUUAGAAAAUAAUAUUAAUAUGCUAAUUCUAGUUAAUUAAUGUUUCCCUGAUAUUUAUUUAAUGAAAAAAGUAGAAGUUUUGUAGGGUAAUAUUUUAUUUCACACUGCUUCUAUCUUUUUGUUUUGGCAACACACUUGUGCAACAUUUCCAGUGUUUUUCAGUUUCUUGAGUAUGUCCUUAUUUUCAAAAAAAGAAUUUAAAAAAGAAGAAGAAAAAAGGGAAGUAAAUGAACAACAGCAACUUGCAUUUUGAAUACAUUGGUACUAAGAGCAAAACUGAGUUUAUUAAUCUUAUGUUUUAAAAAAAGAAAUAUAAUGUAUGUACAGAAAUUCAAAAGCUGAACGUGAUUGGUCAAAUAUUUUGUUCAACUGAAUGAGUGCCAUACAAUGUACAGUUUCACUUCAAGCAUGUUCAUAUACUAUACAAUCUUACUGUAAAUCAUGCAUGUUCAUAACAAAAGACAUCACAAAUUUGAAUAUAUUUGGGCCCUUUAUAGAAGGGCGGAAAUGACAGAAAUUCUUUUUGAUUUUUUGAUCGCCCACUUGGGGCCCCUUUGUUUGAAUUAUUACGCUCUUUUGAUUAUUUUUUUUAUGCCCCCAUUUCGAAGAAAAGGGGGUAUAUUGCUUUGCACUUGUCGGUCCGUCGGUCUGUCGGUCCGUCGGUCCGUCGGUCCGUAGACCAAAUGGUUUCCGAGUGAUAACUAAAGAACCCUUAGGCCUAGGAACUUCAAACUUGGUAUGGUGAUUGGUCAUGACCAGUAGAUGACCCCUAUUGAUUUUGGGGUCAAGGGGUCAAAGGUCAAGGUCACAUUGACCUUGUAAGCAAAAACGGUUUCCGAUCAAUAACUAAAGAACCUUAAGGCCUAGGAACUUCAAACUUGGUAUGGUGAUUGGUCAUGAUCAGUAGAUGACCCCUAUUGAUUUUGGGGUCAAGGGGUCAAAGGUCAAGGUCACAUUGACCUUGUAAGCAAAAACGGUUUCCGAUCAAUAACUAAAGAACUUUAAGGCCUAGGAACUUUAAACUUGGUAUGGUGAUUGGUCAUGAUCAGUAGAUGAACCCUAUUGAUUUUGGGGUCAAGGGGUCAAAGGUCAAGGUCACAUUGACCUCUUGGGUAAAAACGGUUUCUGAUCAAUAAGAAAAGAACCCUUAGGCCUAGGAACUUCAAACUUGGUAUGGUGAUUGGUUAUGACCAGCAGAUGACCCCUAUUGAUUUUGGGGUUAAGGGGUCAAAGGUCAAGGUCACAUUGACCUUGUAGGUAAAAACGGUUUCCGAUCAAUAACGAAAGAACCCUUAGGCCUAGGGACUUCAAACUUGAUAUGGUGAUUGGUCAUGAUCAGUAGAUGACCUAUUGAUUUUGGGGUCAAGGGGUCAAAGGUCAAGGUCACAUUGACCUCUUAGGUAAAAACGGUUUCCGAUCAAUAACUAAAGAACCCUUAGGCCUAGGAACUUCAAACUUGGUAUGGUUAUUGGUCAUGACCAGCAGAUGACCCCUAUUGAUAUUGGGGUUAAGGGGUCAAAGGGCAAGGUCACAUUGACCUUGUAGGUAAAAAUGCUUUCCAAUCAAAACCUUAAGAACCCUUAGGCCUAGGAACUUCAAACUUGGUAUGGUGAUUGGUCAUGACCAGCAGAUGACCUAUUGAUUUUGGGGUCAAGGGGUCAAAGGUCAAGGUCACAUUGACCUUGUAGGUAAAAAGGGGUUCCGAUCAAUUAACUAAAAACGCUUAGGCCUAGGAACUUCAAACUUUGUAUGAUGAUUGGUCGUGACCAGUAGAUGACCCCUAUUGAGUUUUGGGUCAAUGGGGUCAAAGGUUAAGGUCAUGACCAGUAGAUACUUGAUAACCCUUAUUAAUUGUUUGAUCACUGGGUCAGAAGUCAUGCAUAAUAACCUUAUCACAUGACUAAUUGGCUGCUGAUAGGGGGCAUACAUGUUUUACAAACAUAUCUUGUUUAAGUAAAGUCAUUACGGUAGUUUGUCCUUUUAUCAUACGGUAUUGCCGUUUCUGAUAACACCCUUAUUCAUUUUCUUUCACUAAGCCUUGGAAUAUAUUUUUAUCAACUUUUCCACACAGUUUACUUGUUUAUUGAACAAUACUGUAAUAUUUGAUAUUUAAGUAUUAUGCUGGAACAUGUUUCCUUUGGCGGGGUUUGCCACUGGAUGGCAUCAAAGACAAGGAGCCACUUGACUCAUAAUUUGGUCAUGUAUUCUGUUUGUGUAUGGGCCCUAAAUAACACAAUAAAGAAUCAAUUUGAGCUUUUCAACGAUAGACGAGGACAAAGAGAGCUUUAAUUAAAUUUGUUUCUAGUGACAAUUAUUAAAGUUGAGUCAAAGCCCUGCCAGGGGAGCAGUCAUUGUAGUCUCUGAUAUUUUUGUUUAUGUGUGUUUAUAUAUCAGAAUCUGUUACUCUUUUUUUUAUAUUAUCUCUUGAUCAUUUUUGCAUGAUAAUUUAUGUAUUUUUAUUGAAAAAUUUAAAAGUUAAAAUAUUCUUAGGCCAGUGUUUAACAUAGAAUGUUAGUCCUUAUGAUUGAGAAGCUGUAUUUUUGUAAAAUAACAAUAAAUUACAAUGGAAAGGCUUUUUUGAGGAGGGGGCGGGUUCUUAAGGUUAUAUAACUUUUAUUCUGAGAUCUGUCACAGGAUUUAUAUAAGUCCGUGAACAUUUUGUGCUGGUUUUCUUACCAAUCAAGUAUCUGAUUUGAGCUUUGAAAGUUUUGAAAUUUGAGCUUUAGUGGUUCAAAAAAGAAGGAACUCUCAUUUACUCAUGGAAUGAGUAGAUCUGAUUUUUGCAUUUUCUUGUAUUUUUUUAUAAGUCUUUUUAGUUCAUUGUUGUCUGUUGGGUGAUAUUUUUUCUUGUGAACAAACAAUGGAGCUUUAAAAGUAUUAAUUUCUAUGUAUAUUUUAGCUAGAUAUUGAUAUUAUGUUAGACUGGUAUGGGGUUAUUUUGUGUGUUUUGUUUAGUAUAAUGUGCCUUUUUUGUUAGUGUUGGUGCAUUUUCUAGUAGAUUAUUUUAUAUUUAUUUUUCACUUGAUUAUCAAUAUUUUCACAAGUUUGACAGCAGAAACAAAUUAGAAACACAAUAUGAAUAUUAUGCCAGUUUUUCUUCAUCUAGAGAAAUACUGUGCUAAUUUUAGUCUUAACUAUGGUCACUAAACAAAAUAAAAAAAUUUAUCAUAUAAGCUUCGAUUUCAGUGAUGCAAAGUAGCUUCAGGAUAUUAAGGCAGUGAUUCUUUUAUUUCUUUGUUCUCAAUGACAAAAAUACCUAUUUCUUCCCCAAAUAUUAUGGUUAAAUAAAUUUUUAAUAAAGUAACAUUAUGCCCAUUUUUCCACUGUCGAGUUAAGCCAAAAUUCUUACAUAUUUUUAAAGACUGAUUAUAAAUAUGGAAAAAUUUUAAUUGACCAAUAAUUGAAAAUGACUUGCAUUUAGGAUAAAAUAUCAAAACUGCAUAAAAUGAUAUUAUAAAAAGACUGCCGCACUCAUUUUUAUAAAAAAAAUUGAAAGAUAUCAAUACAUUCAGAGGGAUAUUUUUAGACAACUGGUUCAUGUGGGUUAUUGAUUAUUUAUGUUACUGAUUGCAAUAUAAAACUGAAAACAAAGAUGACAAAAUGAAAUGUAAUUUUGAAUUUUACCUGGACAGUUGCAUUUACUCAUUGAUGAGCAUAAUGCCACUUUAAAUGUAAUCUGUCUCACUUGUUGUUAGUUAUUAUGAUAAAGUUUUAUACAUUUGGAAAUGCUUACAUUUAGAUUUGACCAUCUUUUUCAUAUUCCUUUCUGAUUAAACAAUUUUUUUUUGAUGUCAGAAUUUGUAGAUCAAAUAACCAAUAUAUUUAGUAUAAAAAAGCAAACUAAUACCCAAAGUACUUAUUGUUCAUAACAACUCCCAAUUUACUAACUAAUCUCAGUAACUUACAUCUCUAACAGUUUAUUAUUGCCUGACAAUGCUUUAUUUAUUUGGCUGAAUUUUUAUAUAUAAAAAAAUUUGUAUAGAAAAAUACCCUGCAUUUUACUAUUAAAUUUUAUUUUUUAUUUAUGUGUACACCAUAAAGCUUUUGUGGAAGUUCAAGUAAAAAACUAUAAACAACAAAAACCUCUUGAAAAGUUAAGAGGAAAAAAUGGCACUCAAAGAAAUAUAUUUUUUGAUACACUAUUACUUCUUGUUAUCUUGUUUCUUGUGUCCUUUUUUUAAAAUUCUAAAACAAAGAAGCUCAGUUGUGAAGUGUUAGUUAAGGCCUACUAGAUUAUAUAUUGUUUGUUAGUAUUUUGAAUGUUGUCUGUUAUAAUAUGGAUAGUUUAAAUAGAAGUUAUUAGUGAUUUGUAUCUUUUAAACUGUAGAAAAAUAAAUGUUUCUUAAAAAUUUA